AUGACUUAUAAUGAUUAUUAUGUAUUCUUUGAAAUUGACCUUCCCAACGUAGCCUCGUUUCGAUGUUGCCUGGGACAAAUAUGGAGGACGUAUACAAUUAUUGACUUGUCAAAGAUACAAGAUAUUAUAACCAAAAUGGCUGAGGUUUACCAAGUCGCCUCGACGGAGAAGAUAAAGAACUUGGAGGCAGAGCUGGCAGGGGACCUAAAAGAGCUGAAACAGGAGAUAGAGGAAAAUGAGAUGGUCCAUGGUAUACCCCAUAAAACUGUCAGCUCAGUGACUGUUCCAAAAGACACAGAACACUUCAGAAGAGAGAGGAAGAUGAUUAUUGACAGAACUAUGGAGGUCAGUGAAGCCAAACCUCUGACAGUGCAGGCAGAUUUGAUGAAAGAAGAAUUACUUUCAGCAGAAAGUUAUGAAUACACACCACAAAACUUACCCCUCCUUCUCCAUCAAUAUUUCCUGGACCGUAUUCACCAGCUUGUCCAGGCAAAACACAUGCAUAUGCUGAGGUGGAAGAGAUUUUGUGAGCACACCAGCACCAUAGAGCCGUUAUAUCCACACUACUCUGAGAGACUGGGCCAAAUCAUGUCAGAGUACAACGACUGCCUGGAGAGAUCUCAACGCCUUGAGAUAGCACGCGAGUCUCAUCUGUUGGACAAUCAAGCCGCCAUACAAUCACUGAAGCUGGACGAUCUCCUUAUCUACCUCCGAUGGCUGGUUUGCCAUUUUCAUUCCAUGAAAAGAUUUAAUCAGUAUCUCAGGGUUAUCCAGUGGUUGCCAGUGACACACAAAUUUGACAUUGCACCAGACAAAUCAGAAGUUACAGAAGUGGAUGAAAACACCCACCUUAAUCGAAUGACAUCAAGAUACCAAGAUGACACCUUAUCUCCACGGCCCCGAUCAGGUGGACGGCCAGGAUCUGCCACCACCAGCGCCCCCUCUAGGUCAUUCAUGUCUGCCCCUCCUCCUCCAUCAGCCCCGCCCAUUAAUCCAGCUAUUUUAAGCACAGUCCCUCUGCCUGCAUCUAGUAUUAGCUUUGCUGCUGCAGCUGCUGGUGGAGGUAUUGCAUCAGAUGAGACCACAUUGCACUUGCCAUUACAUAUGAAUGACUUGGAGAGCUUGCGACCACAGUUGAAUUAUCUUGUCAGCAUGUAUGGUGUGCCAAUGGAUAUGGAAAAUGUCUCCACCACAGCAGAUGAGAUGGAGCUGUUUGCAGCAGUCAACAGAAAGUUCAGACCACAUUUUAUCAAACAGGAAACAAUGAAAGUUUUCAAGACGUAUGAUAGGAUAGAGCUUGGCCUUGAGAACUGGGGUGCAGACUUGUCUAGCCAUGCACUCAAGCAGAUCUCUAACUGGCUGCCGUUCAUCAAGCUUCUCCCCGAGGUGGACCCUCACCAGGAGAAGAUGAUGACUGAGUUGAGACAAAAGAACAAGAUUGAUGAGAUUCUCAGGAUUCAGUCCAGAUUCAUGCAAGUUACAGAUCCUGAGAGAAUCCAGGAUACCUUGCGAGAGCAUGCCAUCUUUGUGCGUGACCCACGUCAGGUACAUGCUGUCUCCGUGUCCUCAAACAGAACAACGUACCACACCAGUGCAGUGUGGAGAAAACUGUAUGCUAACCCAGAUCUCUUCUCAGACGACAAGAAGGAUGACGGUACUUACCAGGAGUUUGAUGAGAAAGACACUGAUAAUGUGGACUUCAGUAACAGACCCAGGAGUCCCAAGAAAAGAAAGGACAGUUAUGAUUAUGUUAGCACAGUGCAGAUGUUAGGAUUGGAUGAAGGCAACCAGGACAGCAAUGACCCAGUUAGCAUGCAGGGGGGGUUCCUUACCUUCCUUCACCUCAGACACCUGAGGAUUAGGGACUUGCAGAGAACCUGUUUGAGCAUCCUGAACUACUUCCGUUCAGUGGAGAGAACUAUCACCAUUAAUGACAGGGGUCUUUCAUUGGAGGCUGGGAAGCUAAAGAAGUCUAGUCCCCAGAACCACAGGCGUGGUAUCCCAGAGUCAGGAGGUAUAGGUGGAGGAGGCAGCCUGGGAUCUCAUGCUUAUCUCCACAAUACUCCCACAGAUUUCAAAGUGAGUGAAACAGAGUUCAUGGAGUUCUCAGAAGUGGAGAACCAUGAUGAUUUCUACACGAUGGAUGAAGGAAGAAUCCAUGUUCAGGACCAGAGAGGUUACUUCAUCAUGUACGACGCGGCCCUGGAUGACCUCAAAAAACUUGAGCAGGACCUCCUUCUGGUGGCAACUCACUACAUAGAGAAGGACAGAGAUACAAGAACUGUUAGCGCUGUACAGAGAACACCAUCUGCUAAGAAACGACAGCAACAGUCAGCAGGUGACUUUGACAUCCCUAGCUAUGCCCACAGUGAGGUGGACAGGUUUGCUGUUCUGCUGGAUCUCUGGAAUAACCAUGCUGCUUUUCUGGAGUGCAAGAAAAAUCUUCUUGAUUGCUACAUGGAGGCAUACCAGCAUGUAUUUGACAGAGAUGAGAAGAAGAGCAUGGCCCAGGUGAUCACCAAUAUCAUGUACAGGGUUCCCAGAUAUGACUUCAAGGGGGGCUACUUUGUGAAGUCCUACAGACAGGAGUGCAUCAGUCUCAGGCUACAGACCACUCUUGUAAAGUCUGUGUUAGAUAAACAGAUUGAAGAUCAGCGGGAGUACAUUCAGCAUGUGUGUCGAGAGGGGGGUGCAGAGUUUGGUUUACCAUACAAAGUCAUUCCAAAGCAACUCAUAUCAAUUAACAUGGGCAGAUCAGCUCUGAGGAACAUCUACAUGCUGGAGUUCCACCCAACUCUGGCUGUGGCCAGCAGGAUACCUGAAGCCAUCAAACAUGCCUUCUGGGAACUGUACCAUGUCCACAAGCCAGAGUCUGUCACAGAUCAGUUGUCUAUGGAGAGAAAGCUGCUGGAGUGUGCCCUGAAGGAGUGGGACAAUUUACCCACCAUGGGGUCCUCAUACUCCCCACAGAUACAGAAAGACCUGUUCUCUGAUGUGUUUGUUGAAGACCCACUGUUUGUGUGUGAGAUAGCCCAGACCCUGGUGGCCCAGGAGGAGGAGAACCCAGCCAACAAGUCCACCAAGGAGAAGACUGUGGCCAGAAUCAGAGCUAUAGGAAGGCUGAUGGAGGCUGUGACUCUGAGAUACAGGUUGAUGGAUGCAGCAUCUGAGUCUGAAAUCCUGUCUAAGGUGUACAGGAAGCAGUCAGUGGAGCUGAGUUUUGAUGAGUACCACCUGUUCCUGCAGUUUGUCCAGUUUGAGUUUGCCACAGUGAAGCCAGAUGCUGGUAAACCUCCCCCAGUGUACAUUACUGCCAUUCAGGAGGAUGACUUUGGGGUGGCCAAAUAUGUCCCCAACCAUUUGUAUCUUGGAAUCCAUGAACUCGACCAGGGGCACGUGGGAAGGUUCAGCUUCAGGAGCAGAGAUGGCGUUUUACAGAUAAUGAAGGGUCAGGGACUGGAGAGUCUACAGGCUGUGUACAUGACACAAGUGGUCCAUAAAAAUGCUCUGAUUUCUGCCGUGCUGCAGGCAGACGCUUGUUUACCAACUAAACAGACACCCCUGGAGAUAAAAAGUGUUGGCAUUGGAGCUAUAACUGAUGACUCCAAAAGUGAGAAAAGCUCAGUUACCAUAGGAACAGCAAUGUCGGCAUCCACUCAGGGGGCAGCACUGCAGUCCAAGAUAAACUUCCAUAAAACCAAAGGAAGGUCUCCAGAGGCCUUUGUCUCUUUGCAAAUGGAGAAGGCUCCAUUCAGAGACUUGAUGUUAAAUGAGUACCUGUCCAAGAAGGCGUCCAUGGGAACUGUGCUCAGGAACCCAGAAGAAGUGGAGAAAUUAAAAAGGAGACUUGUGCGCGAGUUCUGUCACCGUAGCUGGGAGCGCAUUUCUCAGUACUCACUGAGAGCUCAGAUUAUAGCUUACUACAACAGCAUACUGGGCCUGCUGCAAGAUUUCCCUAACAUUAGGGACACAUAUUUUAUGCUGGGAGAAGCCAAUGAGAAGAAGAACGAGAAGAUGGACAGUCUGGCUGGUUUGGAGGCUGAUCCAAGGGAGUUAAAGAAGAGACCAAGAAGAGUACUCACAAAAGACGGCAAGCAUGUCCUCAACAUCUGGUUCAUUCCACACCAUUCAGAAACUUUAAUAAUCUACAAACACAUGGAGAACGAGGAGUGCGGACAUGCAUUACGACUUCACCUGCGCAUUGUGGCCUCAUUGCACGACAUCCUGCAGUACCUUUGUGCACAUUCCAAGCUGGGCAGUUCGCACGCACGACUGGGUUCAAAGAAAAUGGAUUUUGUGUCAGCUGAUUGGGGAGGCACUGAAGGCAUAGGGGCUGACCUUCGUGAGAUACAGAAGCAGAUUGACUUUUUAGAGAGCCCCACUGACCCGGAGCAGAUUGCAACCUUCCUGCAGAUGAGGCGCGAGGUCAUGUUCCUGGAAUUUGAGACGGCAGUCAGACACAGCAUGAGAGAUACAUUCCUGGCCACUGGGAAUUCUCAUGCCUUUAAGGCCAUCACCAAGAACAUGUACUACGCCCUGCCAGCGCUGAGCAAUGUCCAGGAACCGUGUCUGACCGCCAUGUAUCUCAAUGUACCAGAGCCACUGGAGGCCAGGGACCUGAAGGCUAGUCAGCUGUAUCCAUGGAGGGCAUUUAUUAACAGGAAUGGUCCUUUCCCUCUGAUGUUCUGGCAGUUUCAGCAGAUAGAAUACAACAUGCAGCUGUGUUUGGCAGGACUGAGAGAUGUGGAUAGGCAUGUUGCAAAUGGAGAAAUUCUUGGUGUGUCUCUUCUCAUGGAAGAUGUUCUCCAGAGUGGUUACUAUGACACCUCCAAUGUCUCAGCAGAUGAUGAUGAGGAGGAAGAUGUGGAGACGAAGAGCAGGCUCAGUGUAACUCCCAAACCCUCCAGACCAGGGACAAGUUUAAGUACAGCCAAGACUGAGAGUUCUUUGGACAUAACAUCUGAAAUAGUUCGUAGGAGGAGAGCCAAGAAAAACUUAUCACGUACCCAGCAACCCAUAGAAUCAUACAAGCUGCUCAAAAUCUUCCUCAUUCUUUGGAAGAGGUUGGAGAUCUUCAAAUAUGACUGGGGCCAAAGAAAACUUGGAGUGGAGAAAAUUGAGACACCUUUUCUCUACAAAGAGUUCUGUAAAAUCUACCGUGCAGAGAAGCUGUUCCCUAUCCUACAGAGUGUGGCAAGGAGGUACGGUCAGGGGGACCUGUAUGACGGAAUGGUCUCUGAUCUCCAGCCUCUGGUCACCCCUGCAGGAGCCUCUGAGAUCGAGAUGAGGGUCAGACAGCUCCUGAAGCUGUGUGAGAGUCUGGAAGAAAACAUGCUCAAUGAGCUGAGGAAAAAACUGGCCAAGGAGAUCAACCUGGUCUUGACAGAGCGGUCAAGAGAGGAAGGGACAUUGCCCACUGACCUCUGGAAGAGACCGGCAAUGAAGGAAAGUUUCACCACAUACAAGCCUCAGGUAGCAGAACACUUCGCCAAGACAGUGUUCUCCAACUUCAAGGAGACCACCGAUGGCUUUGUGUUCCCCAAGGAGCAUUUCAACCAGGCCUUGAUCCAACUGGAGGGAGAGGUGCUGGCCAGAGAGAGGAGCAAUUUUGAGAGCUACUCUAUGUACUAUGAAAACCUGCUGAGACAACACCACCAGUUACUGUACACCAAGGAACAGGAGAUCAAACACUUGGAAGACGAGCUGAAGAUGACCAGAGAAAGCAUUCAGACAGAGGUUCAAUGCCAGAUGGCAGACCAAGGUCAUGACCUCAUUAUGGAAAUCACUGCCCUGAGAGCGCAGUCCCGUGAACUAAGACAAACCAUCAUGGAGCAGGAGCGAGACAUCAGGGAGAGAAUACGGGAGGAGUAUAAUGAACUUGUACAGAACCUGUUUGCCUCCUGUUUUGACCUGAAAACCAAGUUUGAUGAGUUCAGGGAGGAUCUAUAUGAUGAUGUAUUUGAGAAGAUAGGAGAAGCAAGGAAUGAGGCAGUCAUAGCCAUCACUGACCUGAGAGGGCAUGGAGGAGGCGGGGAUGCAAGAGAACAUGGCCCUGGUGAUAAAGAUGACGCGAUGCACAGGAUCCUGGCCAAGAACCAGCAGAUUCGCGACAUCCAACGUGAGAACCACUCCCUGAAAGUUCUCAUGCUGAAGAUGAAGGCAAUGAACAACUGGAGACAGACACAUACCAGAGGGGUGUAUGAUAAGCAGCUCUCUUCAGAGAAGCAGCAUGCAGAUAUGAGCAAGAAGGACUGCAUCCAGAUCCAACUGCUAGCCGAGGAAGAUGUCAUCCUUCUACGUCAACAUCUGGUCCAGCUCCGCAAGGCAUUCUCUGAGGUCUCCAAGGAGUGCGCUGAUGCCAAGACUGAACUUCAGAAAGAGAUGAAAGCUAAGGAAGAGAAGGCCCACGCUGCUAUACAGAAGGCCAGAAGUCAAAAACAAUUAGAGGCAGCAAGACAGGCUAAUAUUGAAAAACUGGUGGACGAGCUGGAUAUGAAAGACAAGACAUUAAACAGGAUAGCCGAGGACUUUGACAAGACCACUAAGAUGCAGGAGCUGACCAAUGAGAAAGUGAAGAAAGACGCCAUACAGUACAAGAAGCAGCUGACCCAUGAAAGAAAUCUAAAAUUGGAUGCCUUUCAAAGAGUGGACGAAUUACAGACACAGAUAUAUGACAUUGAAAGUGGUUUGUUCAGUAGACCUCAGACCUCCAUAGGAUUGGUGCCCUCCACAGCAUCAAUGAGAAGUAAGUCAGUGGUAGGGUCAUCCAGUAAAAGAAAUGGAGCAGUCAGCAGAAGUAUGGCAUCGGUCAGUUCUAGUGGACUCUGGCCACCACCGGUCAUCUGGCCACAAAACAGGUCACUGACACCUGAGGCCUUUCGCAAUGAGAAACCUAAUAACCUCAAGAUACAAAGGCCCAAAACAGUUGUUGGACGACUACGAAGUAAGAUUGCAGAGCAGCUGUUAAAUGAGCUAGACCCUGCAGACACCCAUGAGACCAUAGUGAGACUGGAACAGAUGCAGAACACUGUGACACCCUGAUCUCCCCCCUGACACA